GGUUCCGGUGGCGGCGGAGCAAUGGCGGUGGUGCCGGAACAAGAGAACCAAGACCAAACACCUCCUCCCUCCCCGGGCCUCCGCCUCAACUCCCCUCUUAUCCAAGUCUCUCUCAUAGGUGUUGUCUGCUUCUGCUGUCCGGGCAUGUUCAACGCCCUCUCCGGCAUGGGCGGCGGAGGCCAGCUCGAUCACACAGCAGCCAACAAUGCCAACACUGCGCUCUACACCACUUUUGCCAUCUUCGGCGUCCUCGGUGGCGGCUUCUACAACCUCCUUGGUCCCCGCCUCACUCUCCUCUCCGGCUGCUCCACCUUCGUCCUCUACGCCGGCUCCUUCCUCUACUACAACCACCACCAGCAUCAGCUCUUCGUCAUAAUCUCUGGUGCUAUCCUUGGCAUCGGCGCCGGCUUACUCUGGUCCGGCCAAGGAGCUAUCAUGACCUCCUAUCCCCCUCCUCACCGGAAAGGCACAUUCAUCUCCAUCUUCUGGAGCAUCUUCAACUUAGGCGGUGUCAUUGGCGGCCUUAUCCCCUUCAUUCUCAACUACCACAGGACUUCCGCCACAUCCGUUAAUGACGGCACCUACAUUGCUUUCAUGGCCUUCAUGGCAUUAGGCACCGUUCUCUCACUUGUCAUUCUGCCACCAAACCAAGUCAUUCGAGAUGACGGCUACCGUGUCGCCACUGUGAAGUACUCCAGUGCUGCCACUGAGGCGUUGGAGAUUCUCCGGCUCUUCACCAACUGGAAAAUGCUACUCAUCGUGCCUGCAGCCUGGGCCAGCAACUUCUUCUACAGCUACCAGUUCAACAAUGUCAAUGGCAAGCUCUUCAACCUCAGGACCAGUGGCCUUAACAAUGUCUUCUACUGGGGAGCUCAGAUGAUUGGCUCUCUUGGCCUUGGCUAUCUGCUAGACUUCAGCUUUAGCAGCAGGAGACUCCGGGGCUUCGUCGGUAUUGCCGUUGUCUCUGUUCUCAGCACCGCCAUUUGGGCUGGGGGGCUCGCAAACCAGUUGAGGUAUAAUGAUGGAGAGUUAUCAAAAAAACUCGAUUUUAAGGACUCUGCUUUCGCCGGCCCCUUCAUCUUGUACUUCUCGUAUGGCUUGCUUGAUGCUAUGUUCCAGAGCUUGUGUUAUUGGAUCAUUGGGGCAUUGGCUGAUGAUUCUGAGACUCUCAGCAGGUAUAGUGGAUUCUAUAAGGGUGUGCAGAGUGCUGGUGGUGCUGUAGCUUGGCAGAUUGAUACACAUAAGGUGCCAUUGGUGACACAAUUGGUAGUGAAUUGGUCUCUUACUACCAUAAGCUAUCCUUUGCUGGUGGUGUUGGUGAUACUGGCUGUGAAGGAUGAUAACAUAACCACCUUGAAUAUUGAAAGCAAGACUGAGAAGCCAUCUGUCUCAUCUCCGGCAGGCAUCGGUGUCAUAGAGAAUGGCAGUGAACUUGCAUUGCCUGCUUGAAAUAUUUCUGAUUCAGUCUUUACUG